CAUCAGGGACGUCAUCAGGACUACAGCCUGUUCCAUCUCAACAGAGCAGACAGUCGAUCGACUUCCACGUCGAUGAGCGAGUUCGGGACCCAUUCCAGAUGUAUUACGCGGACAAACGCCAGAGGGACGACUUGCCGACAAUGCUGGCCCAAGGCUGCGAAUGCGUAGCCGAGGUCUCUGCCGAUGGAAGACUUAUCACCAUUUCCGGCGACAACAGGAACAACGUAGUGAAAUGCAUUCAGCAGAUCGAGCAGAUGCAGGAGUACUUUCUCCGCACGCCCUUUAGGAUGGAAAAGGUUGCCCUUGUUUAUGGCAGCAGCCGCGAGGAGUUUCGGCUACUCUUUGUGCCGGUUGCAGAACACAAAUAUUACUCGGAGCAUCUGUCAUUUCUGCCAUCUUCUCUGACAAAAGCCGAACCUGGGCGUUUCAGCGUUAUCGAGAAGGCUGUGUUUGAUGUAGCUCGCAGUACCUGGACACUUCGUAACGGUGUCAGAUUACCCUCUCGCACGCUCGAUCCACCGCCAGGUUUCCCAGCUACCCCUGCAAUCAGCAGUAGUGUGCAGAAAGGAAAAGGACCCUCACAACAAGCUUGGGGCCGAGGAUCUCCUGCUUCAGACCACCAGACACGGUCGUCUUUGGCAGGAUCUCGUUCUGGGAGCGCCACAGGUAGAGGAGAGUGGCAUGAACAAGAAAAUCCCGAGUUUGGAUUUAGUCCUAGCAGGGAGGCCAUCACCAGUCCUCGAUAUUCGAAUCCAUCGCCAAGCCGGCCGUCGUGGUCUCCAAACCCACAAAACCAGUCUUCAUCAUCCACACAUUCACAAAAGCAGUCGCCGUGGUCUUCCAGUUCCUCGCCCGGCCAGUCAUCUUGGCCUUCCCCUGGAGGAUCCAGUAGCAGAAGGCCUGCGCCAGCGAUUCAAACAACAUUCCAGAGAGCGGAGGAGUCUGAGUGGCCAGCACCUGAAUUCAACGCAGGCGAUGCCGGCGAUUUCCCCUCAUUGUCAUCCACCCCAAAGGGCGCGCCCAAGAGGACAGGCAUGCCAUCACUGCCGCCUAUGAGACGAGUCGACACGAGCUCUUCUGGAUGGAGUACACCUUCACCGGCCCCAUCUCAGCCUUCGUCAAGAAGACCUUCUAGUAGCCUACAACGAGAUAACCCAGUAUCACAGACCAAUGACAGCCUCGUCUUCGGUGAGCAAGAGUUUGCCUACUUGGAGGGCAUCCGUGGGCAACCAUCUAACAGCUCAAGGCCCAGAGAAUAUAACAGCAACGACUUGGAGCAGGCGAGAUUGCGGGAUCCGGUUAAGGAAUAUGAGGACCAUGAGCGAACUAUCCACAUUCUUCCACGACUUCAAGCUGGACCUGGUAGUGGAGACAUAUCGCCAGCUACACCGCCAGCUACACCACAAUCGCCUUUUGUCCAGGGUAUGAGGGUAUACAACAUGCGCCAACUCUCGGAGAACAUCAGAAAUGGCUUGAAGGAACUGCGUGGACAGCGCAAGGAGAUUCGGCUUACCGGACGACUUGGAUGUGUACUCUAUCCAACGGACCCCUCGAUCCUCAAUCAACCAUGGGAGUACACUCAGCUCGAGAGCGUUAUCGUGAAGGAGCGCGGAAACCGACCGCUUUUCUCUCCCAUUGCGACGGUUGAUCACAACAACAUCCGCAACAUGUAUGGAUUCCUAGGCCCACAAAAGUCAGAGUCGGCCCAUUUCGAAGUGGAGUGCAAUACCAGAACCAACCCAACGUCCAAAUACGUUCACACCAUCGUAACAGUGCCCACAACAGUCGCUGUCCUCGAUCGCGUGGUGACUCCUUGGGAAACGUACGGCGAGGUGACCUGGAAUGCGGUUGACAAGCACAUGGAUUUUGAGAUUCUUCUUCAGGCUAGAGAGGGCGUGAUCCAUGACACCAAGAGCGCUCUGGGCCGAACAGACGUGAAGCCCUUCUCCGUGUUCCGCAAGAAGCUCUCCAUCGGAACAAGGAACAGUCAUAUCACUUGCUACGACGUCAAAAACUUCCUGGAGGUCCGCAGGAUCAGUUUGCGACAGACGUUCACCUUUGACAAGCCCGGGCAGUUCACGGUGAUGGUGCAUAAGGUCGAGGAGCUGAAGCUGUCGAGAACAGCGGGACUCGAAUCUGUGACAGGAAGGGCGGCCCAGGAGGGCAACAAGAUGUGGUACGAGUUCGAGGUCUGCAACGAGGCGCUGAACAAUAAGCUGAAGUCAAAUCUGAAGCUCAUCCCGGGCGCGGUCGCUGAUUGGGAUGUGAACAGCCUUGUGGGCGAAGAUCCGAUCAACUCCACGGAACUUGCAGAGAUGGUUAAGACAUUGAUGCUCUUGGUGGAUAAGUGCCAGGAUAAGUUCAUACUAUGAACGCGCCUUUUUGCGAACCUGUUGCGUGCUCAAUAGCGACACUUUCAUUACAUCUGGUCAAGCAAUAAAACAUUGCAUUCAACCGUUGCGGCGCCCAAAAAAAAAAAA